AUCUUGUAUGUAUAAAUAAACAUAAAUCGUUUAAUUCUUACAGAUGGCGCAAUACAUCCCGCUAAAUUUAACAGGAAAUAAUUUAGGAGUACGACAAUGUCAGCUAAAUACGCUGGUUCAAGAUGCUUUCCAAUCAUCAGUACCAUUUGACUUCAUUCAAGACCUUCCCGAAUCCACACUAGUGGACAGACUCUUCAAGAUCGCCCUUGCCUCAAAAUACAGAAACAUUGAUUACAUAAUCAAAACUCUGAAAGAUCCAGACUUGAUAUUUGUUUCCAAAGCUCUAAAAUGCACUUGGCUAUUGGACUACGAAUACAAGGAUAAAAUAAACGCAAACUAUUUGGAGAAUGAGCUAUUUCCACAGAUGAUGUCAACCGCCGUCUGUAAAAUGCAGCAUUGGCUACAACAACACUUACGCGAUCCCGACAGAUGCAAAGAUUUUUACACGUAUUACAAGGAAAAACAGUUUAAAAUAGCUAUUAAAUUUCUUUGGCAUUGCUCCAACGAAUAUCUACUCGAAGAGUUCAAGAAUAUCACGGAUAGAAUAGGUGCACAUAAUUUAAAAGUACUUAGUGAAAGAUGCCCACAAUUAACCAGAAUAUUUUACGAAAAUUUAGAAAAAAACCAAAAUGUUUUGAAACACUACCUUGACAAUGAAAAAUCUUUCUUUUUUAACAUUAAAUAUAUCUUGAAAUCUGAUCCUGAAACAUUUUUCAAUGUUGUUGAAAUGUACUUCAAUGUUAAGAAGUUUAAUUCCUUUGGGCCAGACAUUACAAAACAAAUAAUGGUUUAUCACAGGAAAAGAUUAUUUUAUAAACCUGAAUUGUACACAGCGUGGUUACUAAACAUUCAUGUUUUAGCCAAAUACUUAAGCCCCGAGGAAGUAAAAGAGGUUAUUUUAAAAUUAGCUAGAGCGGAGUACUUGGGAAACUGGUUUACUUAUCAAAAGGUAGAACCUUUGAUCAAAAGGCUGAACAAGAACGAAAGAGUGACAUUCAAAAACCUUGUAUUUGUCGACAAAGCUAUAGGAGAUAAACUUAAAGAUUGGCCGUACACUCCGCCUAGCUCUCCUAUUAUGAAAGAAAUUCCUGGAUAUAGCCUUUUUAAGGACAAAAACCAUGCUUUAUCACACACAGAGAGAACAUGCUUUAAAACCGCAAAACGUGUAAUAAAAAAAAGAAAAGGCCCAAUUCAUGAAAACGUUAAGAUACAUGUACGCCGAACUCUACUUGAUGAUUUAUUCGAUCGUUAUCGUUUUAUGAGUUUCGAAGCGACUUUGUCUGAUCUUCGGAAACGUCUUAAAGCUGAGAGUAAUCUACAAAACCGUGAGUUCAUGAUGCUUGUACUGGUCAGCAAGUCAGGUGGACGGGAAGAUAGUCUUAGAACCUUGUUUGGGCUAUUGUCACAGUAUAGAAAUGAGCCUGUGCACUUUCGAGCAGCUAUUGUCCGAAGUUUGGUGAAACGUGCCUUCGUGUGGCGUUUACCUGAUGACCUAUGGGCUGACAUGCUGCAAUGGGGGCAUGGGAUGGGUUUAGAUGGAGGCCCCACAGAAAUAAAUUGUACUGAGGGAGUGCAUGCGGUUGUCUUACGAAAUCUUCUCACCAAUCAGGAAUUUGAUCCAGUUGCUACAAAAUUAUUCUUUGAUAACUUUACAUAUUUUACGGAGUACUCAUUAAGCACUGUAGAACGCAGGUUACUUAGAACUAGUCUGCCCACAUUGCUACUGGAGGAGGCUGUUUCAAAAACGGGACCUUCAAAACAGACACUUUUGGAGCAAUUGCUGAGUAUACUGAAUGAGUAUCAUAUUCCAUUUGAUAAGUUUCCUGGUGUUGUAGAAGCUGUCGCAACAGCUGUCCAAGAAGACCGAGAUUCUUCUCAAUACCUGCUCAUCCGCUUGUACAAUGCUCGCGUUGCUCGAAAACAAUUUUUCAUAGAAAACUUUUCUUUAAAUCACGAUGUGGCAUCAUACUUGAACGCCCUACGACAUGACAUUUCAGUAAUUAAUGUUGAUAAUAGUGAUGGGUUUCUAGAAGUCGUAGAAACGGUAGGUUUUUCGUGUUAUCAGAGUUUUUUAAGAAAAUUGAUAAUAUAUUUUGCGGAACCUGGAGGACUGGCAGAGCAGUUCCAUGCAUUUUUCAAGCGCUCAGCUGAAACAAGGCCACAUAACUGUCUCGCAAAGCCUUUGUGUCUGUUCGUUGGAAAAGAUUUCAUUACGUUACUAAAAACUUUAGAUAGUUCGCCAAAAAAAUCAGCAGAAAUACGUCUAGCGGCUGCAUUAAGAGCAAACGCUCAUAACACCCGACCACGGGUGGAUUUAAAAGACAUCGGUUGGCGAGCAGCAGGAGCUAAAGCAAUAGCUAAUUUAGUUUGUAUAAGUCCUCGAAAUCAGCUAAAUCAUAUGGCUAAGGAGCUUCUAAGCUGGGGACGCACUAUUCGAUUGGCACUUCCUUUGACAGAUAAUGAAGAUGUUAAGAUUGCUGCGUAUAAAUUAAUGGUAAGUUUAAGGCCAGGUGUAGCUUUAAAAAUAUACAGAUUUAAAUGA